AAUAAUGGAAUUAAAGGGAAGUAUAUAAUCAUAAAUUCAGCACCGACGGGAAAAGCAUUGUAGUCAGCGCCUCUCUCUGCAACUGCAAUCCAAUCCAGGCAGACUCACUCUGUCAUUUCUACAAACAGCUUCAGCUCACAAAUUCAAGAUUCUCCAAACAAACCAACAAUGGAAGAUUUCAGAUCCAAAUCGUACGGUGAUGGAAGGAAUCAAAUUGAAACUUAUUCUGCACCUGGAAAUGGAGCUAGUAGCGUCUAUGGUAUGCAAGAUCUACGUUGUUACAGUGCAUCUUAUGCUUCAUCUGUUCAUCCAACACAAACCCAGAUGAAUAACGAUGCUAAGUUCAAGAAAGGAAAAUCAACAAAUGGUUCUGUCUCAAAAAGUUGGAGCUUUAGUGAUCCUGAAUUGCAGAGGAAAAAAAGAGUUGCUAGUUACAAAGUUUAUUCUGUUGAAGGUAAACUCAAAGGUUCUUUUAGAAAAAGUUUUAAAUGGAUUAAGGAUAGGUGUAGCAGAGUUGUUCAUGGAUGGUAGUAUCAAGAAGAUGCUUUGAAUUUGUAUUUGAAAUUGAAAAAUUAAACCCUUAAUUUGUAAUUUGGGGGAAUAUAAUUUAGGUGGUGAGUCACCAUCUGAAUUGAAAUUUCAACAUGGGUUGUCUCAUAAUUAUAUAUAUAUAUAUAUGAAUAAUUAUUAUUUGUUUU